AUGGAAAUCGAACCGACUCAGACGAAACCCUCCGACAGCGGCCUCAUUGUGGACGCCUCGGCCGAGAAAUCGGAGAAUGAUUACUAUUUCAACUCCUACUCUCACUUCGGCAUUCACGAGGAGAUGUUGAAGGAUGAGGUGCGAACGGGCAAGUACCAGGCCGCCAUUCUUCACAACGCCGCCCUCUUCAAGGAUAAGGUUGUCCUCGACGUUGGCUGCGGUACUGGCAUCCUCUCCAUGUUCUGCGCGCAGGCUGGCGCCAAGAAGGUGAUCGGGGUUGACUGCUCGGGCAUCAUCAAGCAGGCAAGAGAGAUCGUGGAAGCCAACGGCUUCAGCGAUGUGAUCACGCUGAUUCAGGGUAAGGUCGAGGAGAUCAACCUCCCCGAGGGCAUUGAUGGCGUUGACAUCAUCAUCUCGGAGUGGAUGGGCUACUUCCUCAUCUAUGAGAACAUGCUUACCACCGUGCUCGUGGCGCGCGACCGGUGGCUGAAACCUGGCGGUCUCAUCUUCCCCAACAGAGCUACCCUCUACUUGUGCGGCAUCGAGGAUGCUGAGUACAAGGAGUCGAAGAUCAACUGGUGGGACAAUGUGUACGGCUUUGACAUGAGCUGCAUCAAGAAGAUCGCCAUGCAGGAGCCUCUCGUCGACAUCGUCGAUGGCGGCUGUGUCAUCACCGACUCGUACCCCGUGCUGACCCUCGACGUGAUGAAGAUGCAGCCCACCGACACCACGUUCACGUCCAACUUCAGGCUCAACGCCCGGAGGUCCGACGCCAUUCACGCCUUCGUCGCCUACUUCGACAUUCACUUCACUCUCGGUGACGCCCCCGUGAGCUUCUCCACCGGUCCCGGCAACCCCUACACCCACUGGAAGCAGACCGUGUUCUACACAGACCACGUCAUCGCCAUCAACAGGGGUGAGGUCCUGGAGGGCUCCAUCUCCUGCUCCAAUGGCAAGGUCAACCCGAGGGAGGUCGACAUCGUGAUGAAGUACGCCUUCUCGGGUGCCUCCACGAACUUCCAGCGCAACGAGCACACCCAGCUCUACUUCCUCCGCUAA